AAGUUAAUAUCUAGGUUAAAAAACAAUAUGAUGUCAUUAUGGACUGGCAAGUGCUUAGACAUGCAAAGCAAACAUCAGGAAUCCCUUAUUUCACCAGUUUACAGUUUUAAUUUCAUCCUCUGGUCAAAAUUUCAGAUUAAGCCUUGGUUUGGUUCUGAAGCAUAUCGCUAAGGCUCUCAAUCAUGAUGUAAAGUACUCAACAUUUUCUGACAAUUUUAUAUUUUUUAUCUAUUGGCUGAUAAAACUGUACUGCCUAAAAUGUUUUACUGCUCCAGUGAACGUUAGUAAUUACUGGACAUGGUUUGAAGGAGAUCAUUUUAGCCCCUGAAUCAAGAUUUGAAUGCGGGUUGUUGCCUCUGUUGACAUUUCAGGGGCUUGAAGGACACUAAAGCAAUCAAUAUUGAUUGAAUGCAGUCAAGGGGUGUUAAUUAUUGGGGCAGUGAAUGCUGCAAAUUGACAAUGUGGUUCUUUUAAGUGGCAGGCUGUGUACAACUUGGAAAUGUUCCACUAUGGAGGUGCUUAACCAUAAGGUAUCUCCAUAGAUAUCCGUGUUCAAGAGCGCAGGAUGCAUUUUUUUUCCCACCAGACAAAAGAUUGCCUUGGAAAAAGCCCGAAACAGUGUGGGUCACUGUUUUGUUUUACAGGCAGGGUUUUGUUUUACAGGAGUGGUUGUUGAACUGUUGGGUUGAGUAUAGCAUUGUUUACACAACACAGCUCUUUAAAGUUUCUCCUCCUCAGCAAGGACAUGUUUCCUUAUAACACUUCUGUAAUGGACACUGAGAAAAUAUAUGCUGCACUGUUCUUCAUUUUUUAAAAUCUGUUUCUUUGUAGAGUAGAAAGUAAACCUAAUCAAAUUGUUUGCUUCUUCUCUACAGAUCAGUCCAACCAAUUAGUAUCAGCGCUGGUGCAACACAGACAUUCUAAACUAAAGAUUCCUAUUAUGAUAAUCCUGUUCCAUUGUUGUAUGUUCUUAGAUGAUGGUUUGUUUACUGAAAAUAAAUACUAAUAUAAGCCUGUAUUCAUGUGUGACAUUAUCUCCCAAUCAAGGUACAAUCUUAAGUUGAAAAGCACAAGCUUUGCUCAAGGACAUGCACAAAGCCUUCUACUUUUAUCCUUUUAUUGAUUUUCACUGUAACCGUUCACGUGGAGAUGUCGGCACAGCCCCUUACAAGACCAUGUGUAGUUACUUUAUCUGGAAUGUUUUAUGAUAAUUAAAAUGUACCUUAAGACAGGGCUUCACAAGUCUGCCUCUUAGGGGCAGAGAACAGCCAGCAUUGUAGAGUAAAAUGAUCUCAAAGCUAUAUUGGACCAGUUGUAGCCCACCUGCGCAGAUCUGAAACUGCUGAUGAAUUGAGAGAAGCUACAAACCUGCUGGCCUCUCGUGGAUCAAACUUGGGGAAAAGUCCUGCAUUUAAGGCCUGGGGAAAGUCGCAUGAAGUUCAGAGUGUGAGGCGAAGAACUUGGUUCCGUGCCCUGGACCGAACAGAAUGAGAGACUGUUUCUGUACAGUAAGCCUAGAUCAAGAAGAAGUCUUCCGUACGAAAGUAUUUGAAAAAAGUUUAAGCCCCUUCUAUGGAGAAGACUUUUACUUUGAAAUUCCACGACCUUUUCAGUAUUUAUCCUUCUAUGUGUAUGCGAAGGGUGUUUUCCAAAGGGAUUUAUCAGUAGGGAAAGUAGCAAUAAGAAAAGAUGAACUGAGCAAAUACCAUGGAAGAGAACACUGGUUUAGUUUACAGCCUGUCGACCCAAACUCUGAAGUUCAGGGGAAGGUUCAUCUGGAGAUGAAACUGAACGAGCUGAUCACUGAUAAUGGCUCGGUGUGUCAGCAGCUUGUGGUCCGAGUAAUUGAGUGCCAGGGAUUGCCUCUUAUUAGUGGGCAGUGCUGUGAUCCCUACGCAACUGUUUCUCUAAUUGGACCUGCAAGGUCAGACCAGAAGAAAACCAAGGUGAAGAAGAAAACUAGUAAUCCACAGUUUGAGGAAACAUUUUAUUUUGAGGUUACUAGAUCCAGCAGCUACACAAAAAAAUCACAGUUUCAGGUGGAGGAAGAAGACAUUGAGAAGUUGGAAAUUAAAGUUGAUCUGUGGAACAAUGGGAAUCUGGUACAAGAUGUUUUCCUGGGAGAGACGAGGGUUUCUGUGAAGAUUUUAAGAAACGAUUCUUCACACCGGGCUUGGUAUUUGUUACAGCCAAAGGACAAUGGCAACAAGACCUCAAAAGUAGAUGACCUUGGUUCUUUGAGAUUAAAUAUAACGUACACAGAAGACAAUGUCCUGCCUUCCAAGUACUACACUCCCCUGAGGGACCUGCUGCUCAAAUCACCAGAUGUUAAGCAUAUCUCUGCCUCUGCUGCUCACAUCCUGGGUGACAUCUGCCGAGAGAGAUACGAGGCCGUGUUGCCUGUUGUGCGGCUGCUGUUGCAUCACAACAGGCUUGUUCCCUUUGUCACUGCCAUAGCUGCGUUGGAGCUUGAGCAAACGCAGGAGGCCAAUACAAUUUUUCGAGGAAACUCCUUGGCGACUCGAUGCAUCGAUGACAUGAUGAAAAUUGUUGGGAAGCGCUACCUGACAGUCACCCUGAAGCCUGUUUUAGAUGAGAUUUGUGAAUCCAGUAAGUCGUGUGAAAUUGAUCCCAUAAAGCUCAAAGAAGGUGACAAUGUAGAAGUGAACAAGGAGAACCUGCACCUUUAUGUGCAGAAGGUGUUUAACUCUAUCAUCCAGUCCAGUAUGAGCUGUCCCACCGUCAUGUGCGAUGUGUUUAAUUCCUUACGGCAGCUGGCUACUAAGCGGUUUCCUGAUGACCCCCAUGUACAGUACUCGGCAGUCAGCAGCUUUGUGUUUCUGCGUUUCUUUGCGGUCGCUGUGUUAUCUCCGCACAGCUUCCAACUACGAGCUCAUCAUCCGGACGCAGAGACAUCACGGACGUUAACGCUUAUUUCGAAGACGAUCCAGACGUUGGGAAGCUGGGGCAGUUUAUCAAAAAACAAACUGUCUAGUUUUAAAGAAUCAUAUAUGUAUGAUUUCUUCAAAUCAUUCCAAGAGGAGAAAUAUAUAGAAGAAGUCAAAAAGUUUUUAGAUGAAAUUUCUUCAAAUGAAAGCAAAGAGUCCAGUAGUGUGGAGGAGUCAGUCAUUCUCAAAGAAGGGGAAGUUCACAAAAGAGCUCAGGGAAGAAAACGAAUUGGAAAAAAGAACUUCAAGAAGAGAUGGCUUCGUCUAACCACCAGAGAGCUCUCUUAUCACAAGCACAAAGGCAAAGACUCACUUUACGUCAUUCCAAUAAAGAACAUCUUGGCUGUGGAGAAACUUGAAGAGAGUGCCUUUAACAAGAAAAAUAUGUUCCAGGUCAUUCACACCGAGAAGCUUCUUUACGUCCAAGCAAACAACUGCGUGGAAGCCAACGAGUGGAUCGAAGUACUCAGCAGGGUUAGUCGUUGCAACUUGGGAAGGCUGAACUCGUACCAUCCCUCCGCUUAUAUCAGCGGAAACUGGCUGUGCUGCAAGGCCACAUCCGAGACUCAGCCUGGCUGCAAGCCGUGUACUGCGACCAUGCCAGCAAACAUCCAGCUGGACAUAGACUGCGAUCGAGAAACGGAGAGGAUCUUUUCAUUAUUUGUAUCAAACAGGUCAAAGCUACAGAAGAUGGAAGAUGCUUGUGCAAGUAUUGCAGUGUACCAGGGCCCCCAGAAAGAGCAAGACGAUUACUCCCACUUCACCAUCCAGGAUCCGAGGGAAACUUUCAACACCAUUAAGCAAAUCCAUGAAAUAACAGAGCAGCUCCAAGAACACCAUGAGACAUUCCAAAAGAAAAGAUCGACAAGUGCCAAAUAUGGCAGUGAGCAGAAUCCAAUUGUGGGAAAGACCUCGUAACUCAAGAAGAGAGCAAACUCUGUUUUGGAAGAAAACUGCACGUUGACAGUCUCUCAAUGCUCCAUUGAUGUAUUUAACACUGGAAAUGCACAGCAUGUGGAUAUGCACUGAAAAUGCUGCUUCUGAGAAGACCAACACACUCAUAGUGUUAAGGUUUCAGGUCUGGGAAAAGACUCUAAAUGAAAGAACAGACAGGUUUUCUAGCUGACUCUUAAAGAGCUGUUUAUUUCCUCCUUGAACAGCUUUUUUUAAAAGUUGUUUCUACUUUAGAGGAUGUUAGAGAUAAUAUUCUCUUACUUAAUCCUUUGCAGUUCCAAAACACAUGGCAUUAAUAGACACUUUUCUAAAACAUGGGAUGCAAAGGCAACUGUAAUGUUUGAGCAUCAGAUGUUUUCUUCUGUACUGAACUGUUCAAAACAAUGACUUCACAAGCAACUUGAGCUGUGCAAAUAAGCAACCUUCGAAAUGCUGCUAAGUAUUCCCAUUUUUAAAUGUUUUAAAAAUCUAAUUCUUUGACAAUAAUGAAGCCGCUUUAUAAUUUGUUUUAUCCUUUGAUUAACUAUAAUUAAAAGAGAAAUCCUUUUUAUAGUUUCCAUAAAGGGAAUAUUAGAGCUUUUCAACCAACAGCAUGUGUGGUAUUAGACUAUGUGCAUGCUUUUAGCAAGUACGAUAUUGAGCAAACCUAAUCUGCCUUAUUUUUGAUUUAAGGAUCUCUGUGUAUAUACAGGCUAACAUUAGUUUGCCUAUUCAGAAGCUGGCCUAUGCAAGCUACUUUAUUGUGAAAACCGUGCAGUAGGGAGCAAUGAAAUUUGGUACAUAUGCAGAUGGGAUCUUCCUGGGGACACAAUGGUGACAGAGAGCUGUAGCGCCCUCUUGUGUGUUGUUCAUGGCAAUUAAUUCUCCGUAGACACCUUUUUGUUGGGGCAUCCAAUUUGUGUCAUGGUGCAGUUUUCACAAUGGAUUUGUUUGAAUAGACCAGCUAACUUAAUAAGCACCAUAUAUGUAAAAAUAUGAUUGUGAUGUUCUAGUGAGGGAGAAAAUCAUGUUGAAGCACUUUAAAUAUAUUUGGAAAAUUCCAGAUUACUACUUUAGAUACGUGGUAUCAAUUUAUUACAUUUUGAUCAGUUAAAUGAUCACAAUCAUUUUGUAAAGUGUACAGUGGCAUUUAUAUUCUAUAGGUUUUUGUAGUUGUUUUCUAACACCAAAGAUGACAUUUUUUAACUAGUUAACUUGAAACAGGAUUUUAAUCUCUUUUAAAGACAUUUUGAAAAGGACAAAAAAGAUCUAACGGGUUGACAUCUCUGAAAUAUUUUAGGUGUAGGGUUGAUAACUCUUUGGCACCGUUUUUACAAAACAUUAUUUUCUUUCUGUUUGAUCUUACUACAUCAGUAUGAUCUUAUGUCGUAUCUUUAGCGAAUUCCUGUCCCAUGCAUUCAACCACUGCUCACAUUAAUAUCACCUCUUUGUGGUCGCCAUAAUUUGUGAAUUUAAAGAGCCUUUUACCGAAUAGAACUAAAACUAAUUGCUUAUUGGCAGUAUAUUUCAUUCUCAGUUGGUUCAUUCACUUUCCACUUGUUAACAAGUCUUGUUUGUUCUGUAAAACAGAACAAUAUGCUUUGCUAAAAAAAAAAAAUUACACUAACCUUUCUUCUUAAUUGGGUAGACCCAGGUUUAAAAAUUACUGAGAACAUUUAGAAUUAGAAUUUCUUUUCACGUUUAUACAAAGUUUACAACUUUGUCAGAGCUUAUUUUUAAUUGGUGAGUGAUGGAAAGGUGUACAGGGAAAAAAUAGGAAGUCAGCUGUGAAAUGUGUGUAUAUGUAGUAUUUAAAUGAUGUAUACCUACUGUAAAAGCUUGAAAUUGGUCAUAAAUUACCAUUACAUGGAAUUUGUAUUUAUCAACACAUAAAUGGCUAACUUGAUUACAUUCCUAAAUUAUCAGUGUAAUUUUUUAAUGUUUUGGUUAAACAUUUUGUGUGGUAUGCAUUAAUAUUAAAUUGAAAUGCAAUUGCAUGUUGCACUAGUGUUAUAUGGUGCAUUAGCUGGGCUGUUCUUGAGGGCUGAAGUGUCUGGUGUCUGGUGGUUUUCUGGGUCUCUUUAAACAGCAAUACCAACUUUGUAAAUGAGACCGGUUAAGCCAAUUAGUGUCUGGCCCUCUGAGACCAGGAUUAGACACUCCUGCUUCUGUUCUUUCAAUUAAUAUUUUGUAAUUACUGAAUUCAAGUUUGGCUGUAAGCUUACUCAAAGGAAACAUAUGAAUAUGGCAAUAAAUUGGAUUAAAGAAGUCCAAGGACUGUAAUUUUACAUUUUUGGCAUUCCCAUACUGAAAAUGGUUUUAAUAUUAGUUGAAAGAAUUAAUGCAUAAUGUGAAAUUAAAAUGCUCUUGAAUUAAUUUAAUGUUAAUGCCUUACAAGAAGUUACCAACUUUCUUUUGCUUUUACAAUUUGCAUUCUCUUGCCAUUCUAAUAAUGCUUUUCAAGGUACUACAAAUUUACAGAAAUCCAGAUUCCAUAAGGUAUCUGUUAAGGUACUCCCUCACUCACCUUCCAUUUGUUAGUAGUUUUGCUCACUUUUCUUUCAUCGAACAACCAUUUGAUGGGUAAAAGGGUAGCUGAAUCAUCUUGUGAAGAACACCCCUGUUUCUCUUUUUUUUUGUAGCACCUGUAAAAUUUUAAAAUAGGCAUUUUAGUCAUUGUCCUCUUAUUUUCAUUUAUUUAUGACUCUGCUUUCAAAUUUUUAGCUUAUACUAUACGUGUGCAUGCAAUUAUACACAUUUCUGUUAAUAGACACUUGGCGUAAAGAAGCUAACAGGAGUGAUGUUUGAGCUUUAUUUCUUCAAAGCAUGUUAAAUGUCUUGGAGAUGCCUGUUCAUUGCCAGUUGCUUAAAUCAGAAUUUUUCUCUUUCCCACUUGCAUAUUUUUUUGUAAAACACUGUGAUUUGUUAUCUUGCAAUACUGUGCUUGAAGGGUACCUUCCAUAAAUUCCGAGUGGUACUAAACAGUUUAGCAGCCUUAAUUAUAGCUGAUGCAAAUCUGUGGUACUGUACUUACACAAGAGUGCUACUGCCAUUCAGAAAUUAAACUGGCAACCUUGUGAGA